UUACUAAAUCCGGCGAAGCCAGGAAGGAGAAAGGACAGGGGCUGAAGCAGGAGGCGCAUGCGCUCCGCCCAUGGGACAAGGGGAGGCAGGAGAGGCGCCCGACACGCGGCUCCCGGCUCUCAUGCAGAGCAGGGGGCGGUGCCGCAAACGCUCGGAAGAGCUGGAGGGCGGGGCUUCUUUCAGUAGUCCCAGUUCGGAAGGAAGUGACAGCCCGGCCGUGGAGGAGAUUUGGUGGCGCGCGCAGCGGCGCGCGAAGAUACCGGCCGUACGCACGCGCCGACCGGCUCGCCCGCAUCAGGCGCAGGCGCAGGGCAGGUCCUUAGAGCGCACGCGUGGGGGGUCGGGGGGGCUGCCGUCUCUGGCCGCCAUGGAGCGGAAAGUGCUAGCCUUGCAAGCCCGGAAAAAAAGGACCAAAGCCAAGAAGGAAAAGGCCCAGAGAAAGCCUGAAACUCAACAUCGAGGCCCUGCUGCCCUUUCAGAGAAUGAACACCCUGAACAAGAAGAGGAAAUCUUGGGAUCAGAUGAUGAUGAGCAAGAAGAUCCCAAUGAUUACUGCAAAGGUGGCUAUCAUCUUGUAAAAAUAGGGGAUCUGUUCAAUGGAAGAUACCAUGUCAUCCGGAAGCUAGGAUGGGGACACUUUUCUACUGUGUGGUUAUCUUGGGACAUCCAGGGAAAGAGGUUUGUAGCAAUGAAAGUUGUAAAGAGUGCUGAACAUUACACAGAAACCGCACUGGAUGAAAUCAAACUGCUGAAAUCUGUCCGUAACACUGACCCAAAUGACCCAAAUAGAGAGAGGGUGGUUCAGCUCUUAGAUGACUUCAAAAUUUCAGGAGUGAAUGGUUCCCAUAUUUGUAUGGUAUUUGAAGUUUUAGGGCACCAUCUUCUUAAAUGGAUCAUCAAAUCAAAUUAUCAGGGGCUUCCACUAGUCUGUGUAAAAAAAAUCAUCCACCAGGUUUUGCAAGGACUGGAUUAUUUGCAUGCCAAGUGUCGAAUUAUUCAUACUGAUAUUAAACCAGAAAACAUUCUGCUGUGUGUUAAUGACCAGUAUGUCCGCAGACUUGCUGCGGAAGCAACAGAGUGGCAAAGAUCUGGAGCACCCCCUCCUUCUGGCUCUGCAGUGAGUACUGCACCACAACCCAAACCAGCUGACAAAAUGUCAAAAAAUAAGAAAAAGAAAUUGAAAAAGAAACAGAAACGGCAAGCAGAAUUGCUGGAGAAACGAAUACAGGAAAUUGAGGAGAUGGAGAAGGAAGGAAGCCCUCUAGAAGUACAGCCUGAAGAGCACCAAGAGGUUCCAAGACCACUUGAGCUCCUUUUAAAAGAAAGCCCCCCAGAUGAAGGAGUACCAGCAAAGACAGAAGAUGUUUCUCUUGUAUCAGAGCAAACAAUCUUAAUGGAAGGAGUUGAAAAGUGCAUAACAGAAAUCAAUUGUAACGGAAUGGUGCAAGUGGCUUCCUUUUCUGACUCUAUCAAUGAAGUGUCAGUGAGACUGGAGGAAGACCUUCAUAAUGCCAACGAUUGCAGUGGUCCUUGUCUGGAGCAGGAAGAGGGUGAGAGCUGUGGUUAUAGUCAAAGUACUGGUGGUUCAGAGAACAGGAUAGAGGAAGCUGGAUCAGACUCUAGUGCACCCUUAAUUACAGAGGCUGUGGAUUCAAUGGUAUGCCAGGGGACUUCAAGUGAUGAACAGUAUCUCAGUGAACAGCAGAUCAACAAUUUGCAAGAGAGCAUCAGGGCAGAAAUACCUUCAGAAGAUGAGAACGAGAACAAUGGGGCCUCUGAGAACAAUAAAGGGAAAUCUGCUGCUGGAAACUUCCUCCUUAAUCCUCUUGAUCCUGCGAAUGCAGAUAAGCUCAAAGUGAAGAUAGCUGAUCUGGGAAAUGCGUGUUGGGUGCAUAAACACUUCACUGAGGACAUUCAGACAAGGCAAUAUCGAUCUUUGGAAGUACUGAUUGGAGCAGGGUACAGCACCCCUGCCGAUAUUUGGAGCACAGCCUGCAUGGCUUUUGAGCUGGCUACAGGUGACUACCUGUUUGAGCCUCAUUCUGGUGAAGACUACUCACGGGACGAAGACCACAUUGCUUUGAUCAUAGAACUUCUAGGGAAAAUACCUCGCAAACUCAUUGUGGCUGGAAAAUACUCCAAGGAGUUUUUCACCAAAAAAGGUGAUUUAAAGCACAUCACCAAACUGAAGCCAUGGGGCCUUUUUGAAGUUUUGGUGGAGAAAUAUGAGUGGUCCCAAGAUGAGGCAGCUGCAUUCACAGACUUCUUGUUACCUAUGCUGGAGCUGAACCCUGAGAAGAGAGCCACAGCAGCACAGUGUCUCAGGCAUCCCUGGCUGAAUUCUUAGAUGUUCCAAGUGUGACACCAUACCCCUAUCAUUGGGUUUACAGCAUAAUACAUAUAUACAUACCCAGAUGUCCCAACUGUCCCCUUUCCCUUCUUCCACAUCAGUUUUUUCCUUGUCGAUUUCAGAGCGAAGCUCCUCUCUGAGAGCUUUUGAGAUUUUAGAUAAAUCUAACUGUUCAUGUCAGUUUGUGUACUCGACUCAGUAGGGACUGUUGUCAGCCAGUGGGCAUCCAAUAUGUUUUGCUGUGAUUGGAGUUUGCCAAAGAGUUUUCACACGGAUGUGAAAUUGCCCCCAACUCUCUUCCUUACUCAAGUUCCUUGCCCUGAAAGUGUGGGAAAAUCUUCAUUGAUAUAUGCUCCUUUAACUAUAUUGCAGUCAUCCCAAGGGGGAUGUGAAGAGCUGUGAAUCCCUCCUUAGCUCACUGACUCCGGGAGUCAUUUUCUUAGUGCACAUCCAGAUGCUGACAGUAAGAGGAGAAAUGGCAGAUGGCACCAAGGUGGUAGCUCCAUGAGGAGCACUGAACUCUACUCAGACUCAUUCCUUAGGUGUCUACUCUGCUGAUUGGGUAACUUUCUUUGUCUUAUUAUUAUUUUUCAGACGUACUUUUCUCUAGUUUUAGCCAUUGAAUAUUUUGAAACAAUAUGUAUAAAAUAUAUAUAUAUAUAUUAGCAGGAUUUUUGUUCCCUCAUUGUUCAGGUGAGUUUCUGAGUCCAGUGAAACAAAUUGUUUUCCAAAUCUGGAGUGGGUGAACUUCAGUCCAUUUCACAAUGGUGAUAAAAGCAGUGGGAAAUGGUGAAGGGAUCAUUGUCUACAAUUGGUGUGAGGAACAGAAAAUCCUCCAGAUGCUGGAUUGCAGCUCUCACAAUCCAUUAUCGUUUGCCUAACCCAGGGCUGAUGAAAGUUGCAGUCUUACAAUCUCUGAAGGACCAGAUGUUCCCCACCCAUGCUGUACAGUAUGGAUCUAUGCAUUUUUUUGACUGCAGAGGGUAGUCAGACUGCCCAAGCUCUAGGCUUAGGCAAAAAGUGGCCUACCUGCUAUGUUUUUGUAGUCCAGUAGGUGUUUGACAUCCGCACAGGUUUCUGCAGUUUACAAAAGCAGGACGAUUAUCAAGCAAGUGGCCGGCCGCUUGCUGUGUGGGUUAGCCUUAUGCCAUCAGUACCAUUAUGCUGGCUUUCUAUAAAAUUAUAAUUUUACUAGAAAGCUGUUAUUUUUCAGGAAAAAAGAUAGGAUAUAUCCUUAUUCUUUCAAGAGAUCAAGAAAGAUCGUAUUGAUGGCUAUCUUUCUCACCAUGCUGUUUGCCCAGACAUCGAUCUGCCAUAUUUCCAAGUGCUAAAGGAUAUGUAAAGGAGUUACCUUGUCCAAAGUUCCAGACUCCAGAAAUGGCCUUCUGAAUAAAAUUUCUACUCUUUUCUUAUGCAUUGACAUAGGACAAAUAUUAUAGGGGAAGCAUUGUUGGUUUUUUUUCCUACUAUGGAUAAAAGUCUCAAGUUCUGUUUUCCCCUCCAUAGAAGAUACCUACCAUUACAAACAUGGUUGUUCAGCAGAAUACAACAUCAGUUUUUCAACUCCUAGAAGCAAGAGUGAGUUGUGAUUGACUUUUACAGACUUCCUUACUUUAAUAGAGAAGAGGGUAGCAUUUGCUUGUUUUUAAAAGGGUGUCUCCAAGGCUUCACUUUUAUUAAAAGAUCCCUUGCAUUCUGAUAUAAUGUUAGGUUUGGAUAAGUUGGGGCUUCCAGCAUCCUUCCUGGAACAUGGACCAAACAGGGCUUUGAGGUUGCAGAAUUCUACAUGGGUGGAAAACUCAGAGUUCUAGCCACUGUUGGACUAUACUGUGCAAAAGUUGCCAACAGUGAGACACCCUUCUCAAUUGUUUUCUCUGUGUGGGAGAUCCCACUUUAUAGUAAUUUUAACAUCCACACAUCCCCCAUCCUUUAAAAAACAUACACACAGAGACAUACACGGCCAGAUGCAAUUUUUUUUUAUUCCUCUAAAAAUUAACAUAAACUUGGUAUCCCUUUUGCUUUAUAACAUAGCCAUGCUAUCAUAUGAUGGCAGACUGAUGUUCAACAAAAUCUGUGCUGUCUGACCAUUCAGAAGAUCAUAAGGUUCCCUAUGCACAAUUAAAAUGGGAGUUCCCAUUUUGUAAUUAUAUUUCUGUUAUCUAGAAUGUCUUCCCUACAUCCCAAUAGCACUUCUCUAUCUGUUUUGAAGAAGAUUUAAGAUUCAACUUGAUUCUAUGCUACUUUCUCUUACAUACUGUGAAGACUUGCUGGCAAGGAGAAUUGAAUUUCUGGUGUCAUGCAACCUAGUUGACUUCAACUUCCUUGCUACCUAAAUGGUGGAAAAUACCCACAGGUGGGUGGGGGCAGCAUCUCUUGUUUCUAGUAUAGGUUCCCCUCCAUAGAAGAUACCUACCAUAAUCUCUUUUGCACUAAAAGAGAAGUUUGGUGUAAUAAAAGUGAUAGGCAAAUCAGAUAAGCUAUCUGUUUUGUGGUUCGCAUCAGUUUCACUCAAUUUCCAAAUUGCCAUGAAGUUCUCACUGAUCAAUUUGUAUUUGUUUUGUUGGCCUAAAAUCUGAAGGAAAAAGAAAUACAUUUUUAUUCUUCCUA